AUGUAUUUUGUAAAAUAUUCUUCUAAUUUCUUAAUUUCUAGAUGUAGUUUCUCAAAUUCUAUUAUCUCAACAAACAUUAAUUGUAGAACCCUCUCCUAUUAUCGCAAUUUUGUUGAAUUUAAACCCAGAAAUUUAUUUAAUCCUCCAGUGUAUCUUUGUAAAUCAAAUGUUGUUUCUUUUUACUCAACUCGUUCUGAUAAGUUGGAAAAGUCGUCUAAUUUGAACCAUAUACCUAACUUAUCUUCUACAGAAUCUGAUAAAAUUGAGACUCCUGAUGACUCUAAGCCUUACUUUGUUCAGUUUGACUCCAAGGCUCUAACUUUCGACCCGAACCAUGCUCUCGAGUACACUAAUCGUAUUCUGGAUGAUCCCAUCAGCGACAUUUCUGUUUCCGAGACCUCCAAGUUUCUCCUUCCUUUCCCCAACUGUGACUUGCCUCGUUUUUUGGAGGUUUUAACUAGGCCUUUCAGGGAGAGUUACUUGUACGAGCCUGCCUCCACCAUGGUUCACCUUUGUGUUGAACGUCUUGAAAAUGACCGACUUACUGAGAUUUUUGACAUUGGAGAUGGUUAUAACAAGAGGGCCUAUUUUUUGACUUUACAUGUUUGGAUUCUCUACCGUAGGGCCAUGAUUGAGAUUCCUGAGGGGAUUCUUCUCAAGAACUACCUUCUUGAGAUUUUCUACGAAGUUUUUAGGCACUGGUUACGUCGUCGUAAGGUUCCCGAGUAUUUGUUCACUAGGGAAUACUACAACACUCAGAACCACAUGAUUAAAUUUCUUCUCGAGUUGGACAAAUCUACUGAGGACGAGGAUCUUUAUCCUUUCAGGCUUUCUGAGACCAUCCGAGUCUUAAUGUAUGAGAACGAUGUUUCUCAACAAACUCUCGAUCUUCUUGUAAAGUACCUUCUAAGGCAGUUUUUUCAUCUUUUUAACAUUGAUAAGAGGUACUUUAUUAACGCGAUGUUUCUAUGGGCCGACGUUGAGCCUAUUUGCAAGCCUGCUAGACUCUUAAAGAGACCUAUGCUCCAGCUUAUCAAAUAUGGAGGAUACAGGGGCGUUGAUGUCAAGAAGAUCGAAUCUCAAGACAAAAAGAAACUGACCUAA